AUGGCGGUGGGUACAACGAAAGUUGUCCAAGUGACAAAUAUCGCUCCCCAAGCGACUAAAGACCAAAUGCAAACUUUAUUUGGUUAUUUAGGCAAAAUUGAAGACAUUCGACUGUAUCCAACAAUCCGGGAUGUUGCUGUUCCAGUUCAAUCACGAAUUUGCUACAUUAAAUUUCAUGACCAAGGGAGCGUUGCGGUGGCCCAGCAUAUGACCAACACUGUAUUCAUUGAUCGUGCACUCAUAGUUAUUCCUUAUCAAAAUGGAGAUAUUCCUGACGAGCAACGUGCUCUUGAGCUUACCAAUAAUGGUACCGUCGUUCCAGGUCUUUACCCUUCAGAACCAAAACUUCCAGCGAAUGUCGUCAAUUCAAUUGACGGAAUUCCUCCACACCACACUAUCCUGACGAUAGACCCAAAGCUAGAUGCCCACGGACUACCACCGUAUCCGCCUUUGCCGGGUCAUCUCGACAGCCGACGUAUUGAAGAAAUACGAAGGACACUAAUUGUCGCUAAUUUAGAUGCUUCAGUAUCAAGUGACCAAUUGCUUGAAUUUUUCACCAAUAAUAAUAUAGAAAUAAAAUAUCUGCGACUAUGUACUCGAGACUCAGAUACUGAACAUUACGCGUUAAUUGAACUUAAUGAACAAACACAAGUUGUACCAACUCUUAUGCUUAAUGGUAAAAUGCUUGCCGACAAACCGAUUAAAUUAUAUCACUCGAUGCAGGCGAUAUCCAAGCCUGAAGCCAAAAGCAACGAGGCGGCCCAAAAAGAAAUCGAGGAGGCGAUGUCAAGAGUCAAGGAAGCGCACAAUCUUAUUUCAGCUGCUAUUGAUCCCAUGAUUGGUAUGCUGUCUAAGGACAAGCGAAGUCGCAGUGGGUCACGCAGCAGAAAAUCAAGAUCACGGUCACGAGGAAGGCGUCGCUCUAGGUCACGCAAACGUUCGCGUUCACGACACAGGAGAUCCCGGUCUCGGCAUCGACGGCGCUCACGAUCACGCUCCAAGCGCCGGUCACGCUCCAAGGAUCGGAAACGCAAGUCCCCGUCACGCAGACGCAGCACUUCACGCAGCAGAGUACGCUCAAGAUCCCGCUCCAGAAGGUCCCGGUCUAAGCGAUCACGAUCAAGGUCCAAGGAUCGAAAGAAAAAAUCUUCCCCUCGCCGACGAAGUCGCUCACGAUCACGCAGCAAAAGGUCCAAGUCCAAGACCAGGCGCUCCAGGUCCAAGUCUAAAUCAAAGUUCUCUAAAUCCAAGUACUCGGAGAAGCCUCGUGAUAAGGAUAGGGAAAAAGAUAAGGAAAAAGAUCGUGAUAAAGAGAAAGAUAGGGAUAGACGGAGUAAGGAUAAAUCAGAUGGCAAUGGGAAAAAAGACAGCGACAGGGAGAAAGAACGGGAUCGGGAUAAGGACAGAGACCGCGACAGGGACAGGGACAGGGACAGGGAGAGAGAUAGGGAUAGGGAUAAAGAUCGCGAGAGGAGUGAAAAAAAAUCCAGAGAUAAGAAAGCUGACAAAGAGUCUAAAGAGAGAUCUGAUGAUAAAUCCUCGUCACGAAGUGGCAGUAAAGAAAAAAUAGAAUCCGAAAAUUGA